CACCGUAGUAACCGUCCGCUCCGCUGUGCUGCUGCUGCUGUGUCGAUUAGCGCUGGAGAGGCGGAAGGGGCUGAGGGAUUCUGUUAUUAUCGGUAACAGAUAUCCGAGUCCACCUGUGUUUUAGUGCGGACUGGACGACGAGAUAUUGAGGCGGAGAGCCCCUGCUAAAGCGCCGAGAUGUUGAAUAUGUGGAAAGUCAGGGAGUUGGUGGAUAAAGCCACCAAUGUUGUGAUGAACUACUCCGAGAUUGAGUCCAAGGUUCGAGAAGCCACCAAUGAUGACCCCUGGGGCCCAUCGGGUCAGCUCAUGGGUGAGAUCGCCAAAUCCACAUUUAUGUAUGAGCAGUUCCCUGAAGUUAUGAACAUGCUUUGGACCAGAAUGCUGAAAGACAACAAGAAGAAUUGGAGAAGAGUUUACAAGGCCUUAUUGCUAUUAGCGUACCUCAUCAGAAACGGGUCAGAGCGGGUGGUCACCAGCGCCAGAGAACAUAUUUACGACCUGCGUUCUAUGGAAAAUUAUCAUUUUGUAGAUGAGAAUGGGAAGGACCAGGGCAUUAAUGUACGGCAGAAGGUUAAAGAAAUGGUCGAGUUCGUUCAGGAUGAUGAUCGGUUACGUGAGGAGAGGAAGAAAGCCAAGAAGAAUAAAGACAAAUACAUUGGAGUAUCUUCUGACAGCAUGGGAGGCUUCAAACAAAGUAACUCGGGAGAACGAUUUGAACCCGAAUCCAAAAGCAACUGGGACGAGGACUGGGACAAAAACAAGAGCAGCUUCCCCUUCAGUGAAAAAUUUGGGGAGAUAAGUGACAAAAUUGGAAGCACCAUUGAUGACACCAUCAACAAAUUCCGCAAGAAGGAGAGAGAUGACUCGCCAGACCGUAUCAGUGACAAUGAGGAGGACAAAGUUUCACGGAACGGUCGUCUUGCAAAGUCAGAGUUCAAGGAUGAUGAGGAAACUGUAACAACCAAGAGCAUCCAGAUCACCCAGAACACCGAUACAAUCACCUCCACGACCACCUCCACACGCAAACGCGGCGGACUCCCGUCCAAAACCGUCGACUUGGGCGCGGCGGCUCAUUACACUGGCGGCAAAAGCAGUCCCGAUGCUGACGGCAACAAGGCAUCAUCGAGUCAGUCAUCCAGCAUAGGGUUUGCAGACCUGUUGAUGGUGGACUCUGGCUCUGGUCAACCAGUGUCUUCAGUUGAAAGCUCAGAUCUCAUUGGUGACUUUGCUGACUUGUCCUCACCUUCUGCCUCUGCCAGUCUCCCGUCAGCUGCUGGUUCACUGUCUACUGGUAACGGUGAGUUUGGUGACUGGAACGCCUUCUCCUCCACCAGUCCUCCCGCUGCCACGGCUCAAUCUGCCAUCCCAGACCUGUUCAGUGACGUACCCGCUCCGACCGCCCCCGCGCCCACAUCCACCCAACCUCCUUCCGCUGACCUCUUCGACCUGAUGGCCCUCAACAACAGCAGUCUCAGCGCAUCCCAAAGUAUGACCUUCAACAUGUGCUCGCAGAACGCAACCACACCUCUGUCCCGAUCACAGACAAUAGGGGGUCCGUUAUUGACUCAGCAGAUGGGACUACAGAAGUCAGGGGGGAAGAUAUCAAUGCCGCCCACCUGGUCGGACCCGAGCGUCAACAUCAGCCUGGAUUUCCUGUCUGCAGGCCUGAAUCCUCCCAAGCCCACACAGCCCACACUCAAUACCAUGAUACAGCAAGGUGUUCAGCCACCCUUGAACAUGGUCACCCAGAAUUUGGCGGGAAUGACACUCAAUGCCCAGCCGUCAGCAGCGACUCCCAGAGCAGGAGUGACCCCCAUGAUGGCCGGAGGGACCAUGGGCAUGGGAAUGCCUCCUACUAUGGCAACAGGCACCAUGGGAAUGGGCUCUGUGGGUCUUGGAGGAAUGCCUGUCAAUCAAGGACUAAUAGGCAUGAAUAUGGUGCCUGCUGGAAUAGGUGUGCCCAGCAUGAGCAUUGGCCAGAGCAUGAACCCCGCCAUGGUGCAACCCAAACAAGAUGCCUUUGCAAACUUUGGCAACUUUGGGAAAUGAAGGCUGAUCCACUCCCAGAGGGUUACCGGUCCAAAUACACCUUCUCAAAAGAAGGAGCUGCAUUCAGUAAAAUGGACAAAACUAGCCAGUGUCACAACUCUGCAAUCAUUUGCCCCUAUACGUUAACAGAUACAGAGAAACACACACACACUCAAGAAUCUGCUUUUAUUUCAUGUGGGGUUUCUUUUGUAAAUGGCAUAUUGUAUACUUUUAAAAGAAAAAAAAAGAUGGCUGUGUGCAGUUUGGUACAUUUUCAUAACAGAAACCUCCCCUGUUCACCAUUUCAAAUACAUCUGAUUUCAGAAAUUACCUCAUAUUUUGCAUCACUCAUGCUGUGAUUUAAAGGCCGUGAAGGGUUGACUUUGUAAAUAUCUCGGUGUGCAAAAAGUAAAUUAUUUUACUCACUUCUCAGAUGGUAGAAGACGGGACAAACUACCGCGGGUCCUUAAUAUUUACUAUUGUUUUUGUUAACGAUUUGAAUCGUUACGGUUUGUCUGAUAUACCGUCAUUAUAUUCCGUUAUCACUCCAACAUCUGUUAUUUAGAUGAUUGUUUUUGUUUGUUUGUUUUUUAACAGACUAUAUCUGAUAUAGUUUCGUGUAGCAAGCUGCCUGAGCGAAAUUUGAAGUGUGCCUGCCUGUGAAAAUGGCCACCUUUUUAAUGAUACGAAUUUGUAUGAAGGUUAUUAACUGUACUCGAUGGAUCCGAAACUGUUACAUGAAUAGCGUAAGCCAUUACAUUCUUGAAUGAUUUUUAGGAGUCUCUUCCAAUCGAGUUUGCGAAACGUGUGCUUCGAUGGUAGCAGGAGUGGUGUUACACAUUUCUAUUAACUACUUGAAUAACAGUCAUAUCCAUUGUCCUUUUGCAUGUCGAUUUUACAGUUUUAAGCAUUGUUGCGGGUCAGUUAUAUUUAUGAAAUGUCUAUGGUGGCUAUGGAAUCGAUGAAGGUAUUGUGAACCCUAAAUUAAGUUUACUGGCGCCCUUUUUUUUUUUUUAUAAAAAAAAAAAAUUGGUUUUGUCCAUUUUCCCAUAUGCUGCUUUACACAUAAACAAACAAGGGGUCCUCCAACAGGCACCGAGGCAUUAUGUUCAAAAUGACCAAAUCUUUAUUUUAUUACUAUUUAGAUUUAUUCCGUAGGGGUUUAGUUUCUUAUUUUAAUACUUAACAUUAUACAGAGAGAGAGAGAUCAUGUGCUUAAAUACAUUGUUCUAGACAUGGGUAAAUUCAGUAAACACUUUUUUAGUUUAUGCAAAUGUAAAGAGAAACGGAAGAUCGAGCGCCUCUUUCAUUAUAGUUUCUUUUCAGAUUGAAUUUUUUUGAUUUUAUUGUACUCAAAAGAUUUUGUUUAACAUUAAACGAUUUCAUCAAAAA